GGGACAUGUAGUUUUCACGAUGAGAUUGUGGGAGUCGUGGUUUGUGAGCACCAAGCGAGGAGGCCCAGCCGCCUUGAGUUAUCAGAACUUCCAGCUCCUUGGACCCGACCUUCCAUCUGCCUCUCAUGCUUGUGUAUACCGGUUACAUCAAUCAGAAGUGAACUCACAGCCGGCCCGCCAUGAACUGGAAGGUCCUUGAACACGUGCCCCUGCUGCUGUACAUCCUGGCAGCAAAAACCCUGAUCCUUUGCCUGGCCUUUGCGGGAGUAAAAAUGUUCCAAAGGAGAAGCCUGGAAAGAAAACUGCAAGCUGAGAAGCAGCAGCAGUCAGAGAAGAAAGAGAACUGAAGAGAUGUUAGAGAUUUUUCUCUUUAAAUGUCAGCUUGGGUGGACUCUGACAGAGAAGAGAGAACAAAGACUUCACAGAAGAGGACACACUUCUGGCCUAGACCUUUAACUUAAAUGAUUAAAAGUGUGAAUUUUUAUACAUUUUUAGAAGAACCUGUGUUUUGUUUACUGAAAUAAAAUACAUUAUUCUUAAAA